AUUGGGAAUCUUUGCGCAUUAAUGCACUCCAACACGUGUUUAAAUGGAUUGCAUAAACAUUCCAGAAUAAAGGCACAACCCAACAAUUAAAAAGGUCUUUAUUGCACAUAGCAGAGACUAAUUCCUCUCAUUGGUCAGUAAAGGUGUGGGCAUUAAUUAGAGAUGGCUCCACUCUGCUUGAGGCGUUGGAUUUCGCAUUAGCCUUGAUGUUGGCCGGUGCAGAAGCAGUUGUCUUCGAAUGGAGCUGAGUAACCCAAGCCUGCCUGUUAAAGGGCUCCAAGUGUCAACAAUGUGGGAAGCUACAGACCGCUGUCUGGCCAAGAUCCAGAGGUCUAUUUGCUGAUAAGGAGUCCUGAUUUGUGUGAAUGCAUCUGAAGCAUUUGUGUAAUUGAGAUUGAAAACAUCUUUCAUGCAGUUGGAGUUUUAUUAAAAGAUAUAAAUGAAAGAAAGAAGGAAAACGUGCAGCAGAUGUUUUUGGAUUUCUGCCCCCUCCUUCAUGUUGAACCGCAGAUAACCCUCUCAAACUGCGCGGGUCAGAGGAGAGUUCAGGUGCGGUGACGAAAAGCAAUCUGGGAUUAUUUUCCAGACGCGCAGAGAGUCUCCUAAUCCUCCCGACGGCUUCAGAUCUGAACCAAAACCGACUAACGUGAAACAAAAAAGACAAAAGCCUCACUAAUUCCCCAAACCUCCCUCUGGAUUAUACCUACUUUAAGCUUUUUUUUUUAGUUCCAGAAGGCCUGCCUCUGCUCUUGACUUUUAAAAAGUUUGCCACUCAAGUUGGAGUUCGGGAGGACAAAGGCUGACGCAGAAGAGCGAUGCCGUCUCUGUCCGCCCCGAAUGAUUAAUCGUCUUGCUGGGAUUUUUCCACGCCCGCUGCUCGGUGUUGACGGAAAACAAGCGCCAAACGGUGCCGGGAGGAGAGAAGCUCUUCCGGGGAAGUGCUUUUUGGCAAAGCGUGGAGUGCAAGAAGCAAAAUGGUCUCAAUGGCACACCUUCAGAAAUUAAAAUCAACUUCUAGUAGGAUUUAGUUCUUGUUGGUCUUAUGGGGGUUCGUCUGAUCAGACGUUUUACCCCACUGCUGACUGACAGACACCUCUCACGAUCAAGACGCACAGCCUCUUUGCGCGUGACAGAAAUCCUGCCCAGUAAACUCAGGCUAACCCUCGGUCUCGGAAACACCCUGAGCUGCCUUCGGUUCACCCAGGGAAGCCAUUGGAGGAGAGGCGUCACGUGACCACGGGGUGCCAAUGUUAUUCUACAAGGGUGUCAAGACCCUGUCAGUUUCUGAAAUAAAUAUUGGGAAACGGCGAGAUGCAAAAGGCAACCUACUACGACAGCUCCGCAAUUUACAGUGGCUACCCGUAUCAAAGCGCAAAUGGCUUCAGUUAUGAUGCCAAUCAGGUUCAAUAUCCCCGGGCCUCUCAUGUGGAAAGUGAGUACCAUCGACCCGCCUGCUCCCUGCAGACUCCCGGCGGCUCCGUAGCCCUGCAAAAGCCGGGGGAGAUGGCGGAGGGCUGCGACAGGACCACAUCCAUCCAAGCCGCGCCGGCCAAGGCGCUCCCCGAAAACAAUCAGCCGCAGGUACCGGUGACGGGCCCGCCCCCUUCCUCGCAGUCUCCCGGUGCUAUCAGCCAAAACGCAAGCAACGGGUCCAGCCAGCCCGGUGCCAAGAACGCCUCGCCGACGUCUACCGCGCGCAGCAAGCAGAUCUUCCCGUGGAUGAAGGAGUGCCGUCAGAACACCAAGCAGAAACCCGCCAGCAGCUCCAGUUCAGUGGAGAGUUGCCCCGGAGACAAGAGUCCUCCGGGGUCGGCAGCAUCAAAGAGGGCCCGGACAGCUUACACCAGCGCGCAGCUCGUGGAGCUCGAGAAGGAGUUCCACUUCAACCGGUACCUCUGCAGACCCCGGAGGGUGGAGAUGGCCAACCUGCUCAACCUCACGGAGAGGCAGAUCAAAAUCUGGUUUCAGAACCGCAGGAUGAAGUACAAAAAGGAUCAGAAAGGCGUCGGGAUGAUGUCUUCUCCGGGCGGACAGUCCCCGCGGAGUCCGGUGGGACCGGCUUCUGGCGGAGGCGGAGGCGGAUACCUCAACUCUAUGCAUUCUCUUGUAAACAGUGUACCAUACGAGUCCCAGUCGCCAACGUCUUACAAUAAACCUCAUCAAAACGCAUACGCCAUGCCAACGUCAUAUCCACCGCCUUUGAACAACUCCCUCAACAACUGCCCACCCUCUCAGAAGAGGUACCCCGGGACUGACUCGGCCACGCCCGAGUAUGACGCACAUCCUCUCCAAGGCAGCGGCAACUACGGGACGCACAUGCAAGGCAGCCCCGUUUAUGUCGGCGGAGGGUACAUCGAUUCGAUGCCCAGCUCAGGGGCUUCUGUUUUCGGUCUGACCCAUCUCCCGCAUCCACCGUCCGCAAACAUGGAGUACAAUGGAGCAAUCACAAUGGGCAACAGUCAGCACCACGGAGUGUGUGAUCCCACACCGACUUACACAGACCUGACGCCGCACUACUCUCAGGGAAGAAUCCAGGAAGCGCCCAAACUGACGCAUCUGUAGCAGUGGCGCAGCCUGGAUCACUCCGCCCAUUGUUCCAUCCACCUCCAGGCAUACUCCUGCUUUGUUUCUGCGCCUCCUCACGGCUCCCACCUUCUCUCCCGCCUUUGUUUAUGUUCAUCUAUAGUUUGAUGUGUGAAGUAGCGUAGGAUAAAUAAUCACGAUUGCUUGAAUUUUCCUCUAUUUGCUUGUGUCAUUGUCUCACAAAGACGUUGUGUCUAGAAGGGGAGGGAGGGGGGCGCAUACUGCAUAGCCUAUGCAAAGGCCUAUUUAAUCUUUUAUUUUUGAAGUCUUGUUUUAAACGUCGAAGCUCAAACAGGGUAUUUUGAAUUUCAAUGUGAAGGUGUCCGUUUUUAUUUAUCCGCAGUUGAAGAAUUGUGUUUUUAUUUUUGCAUUUUGUUGCACUUUUGUGUUAGAAACCUCAAGAACCACGAGCUGGGAUUGUGAGGGAAAUUCAAAAACAAGGGUCACGAGCUUCCACGCAGCCCUCCCCCCUUGAUUAUGUUUUUGUUCUGUUCCAAAUGUUAUUUAUUUUCUUAAAGGAUAAAAUGACUAAAGACUCAUUUUUUUAGUAUUAUUUCGAGCAUCUCGAUCAUUUUAGCCCGAAAACCCUUUCAAUUUUCUAUUUCUCUGCUCCGAGGAGGUCUUUUAUUUUCUCAGCGAAUGUAAAAUCAAUCAUUCAUGCAAAAAACGGUUGGAAAGAAGGACAUAUUUAGGCAGUUUUUAAACGUUUUUUAUUUUUAUUUUUUUAAUAUUGAAGAAAACACAAACCAUCUUUUUCGAUGUCAAACAUUCCAUGCUGCUCCAGUCCGAAGAAAUAAAUGAAUUAAAAAUGAAAUUACAUCUUUUAGUUUUAAUUUGUAAGUUUUAUGUCAUGGGUACAGACAACAAAAAGGCAAAAAUUGGUGUAAAUAAUAGACAGAAAUAUACGUAUUCAGGAAAUAAUCUUAUUAAAUGCACCCUUAAAUUACUGGAGGUAAAAAAGCUUAACAUAUUAUAAAUAUAAUAAAGAUAAACAACAUUUCAUAUUUUUAUGGAUGAAAAUUAACUAAAAAAAAUCCCACAUUUACAAAUUUUGGAAAAACACUCCAACGAUUACGCACUCCUCGUGCGCAAUUUUUGUCUUUUAUUCUCCGCAACCCUUUCAAUUCGACGUGAAGGAAAACUCGGGGGUGGCCCUCUCACCUCCUCUCAUCUGCGUGGGGACAUCCAUAAUAAUAAAAAUGUCAGCCGGGCUCUCGUGGAGGUUCUGCAAAGAGACAACAAGCUAAAUGAGAAAUCGUUUCCAAAAUAAUUCGCUGAUAUGUUCAGUCAGUCAAACGCAGUCUGGAGGCGAAGCUUCAAUGCUGGAGUAAUAAAGGAGCUCGUUUGUGCAAGAUUUUUUUAGCACAUUUGCGAUUGACAGUUCAACACAAAGAAGCCAUGCUUUUGCCAAGCAAGACAGCAGAAUUCUGCGCAUUUUUUUUUAUUGUAGAAUAAGCAAAUAUGACAAAUUUAAUAGUAUAUUGUCAUGUUUUUUUAUUAAUAGUGAUUUAAUUUUCCGGCAUUUAAAAAUAAAAAAUGCAUCCAUCCAGCUUUACUGCUGGAUUCAAAAAAUAAAAAUUAAAAAGACCACCCCUUUUCUGAUCUAAAAUAAUGCGUAAAUUCACGUAUUUAUUGUAACAUUUUCACACAGAUUUCGUUCUUAAAGUCAUUUUUGUCACAAAAUGAUUGAUAUCCAACCAUGUGCAUUUCCAGUCCUGACAUAUGGUUAGCAGGGAAACCUAGAACAAUUGAAACAUGGUGUGUCAGAGGAGGGGAAGAAAAAAAACUGCAGCACUGGUGCAUAUUUCGUAUCUAGCACAGACACGCGCACAAGCGCACCAGCAUUUGCAGACAAUGAUUUGACCUAUAUGUUUCAAAUGUGCAGGUAGAUUUUUUUUCUUUUUUACUGCAGCUCCUCUUGUUGAAUUUAGAUCCGUGGGAAAAUGGGACUAAAUCAAUCCUGCAGGAAAAAAGACAAGUGUGCAGAAAUCCUCUGAAUGCCGCCACCCACUCCUAUCCUCUCACACAAAGCCUGUGCGUAAUUCCAAAUUCAGUCCUUCAGCGCGCAAGUUUGGUUCCUUUAAAACAUGUAUUUCUUGAUUUUUAUUUUAUUUUGAAAAAAGAAGUGCAAAUUUCAAAUACAGAUUUCAAAAGCCAGGUGGGAUAGCCGCCUCAUACUCACCGCCCUG